AUGGGUGUUUUCACAUAUGAAUCGGUGGUUAUUACAGCGAUCCCACCAGUAAAGAUGUUUAAGGCUUGCAUCCUUGAUGGCGACACUCUCAUUCCCAAGAUUGGUCCUCAGGCUUUUAAGAGCGUUGAGUACAUUGAAGGCAAUGUUGAGGCUGGUAGCAUCAAGAAGGUCACCUUUGGAGAGGGAAGCCAAUUCAAAUACAUGAAGCAGAAGGUUGAAGCAAUAGACAAGGAGAAUUUUGUGUACAUUUACAGUAUGGUUGAAGGUGAUGCAUUGAUGAACAAGCUUGAGAAAAUCACUUACGAGACAAAGUUAGAGGCCUCUCCAAAUGGGGGAUCCGUAUGCAGGACUACUAGUAAGUAUUAUACCAUUAGUGACUUUGAGCUCAAGGAGGAGGGAAUCAAGGCUGGCAAAUACAAGGCUCUAGGAACAUUCAAGGCUAUUGAAGCCUACAUGCUGGAAAAUCCUAACGCCUAUUAA